AUGGAGGAGAGGCUGAACCUGUACUUCUACCCCCUGCAGAGGCUGAAGAUCUAUGGAGAGCCAAACAAGAUAGAGGUGGCGCUAACCCCGCUUAAGCACACAGACCGAGGAAAGGAGGAAGGAAUAGCAUCGCUAAAUUGCAGGCCGGUGGAAAACCCACACAUGGUGUACGACGCGCUAAAUGCUAACAUACUAAAUGAAAUUAAAAAUUUCCACGCGAACGAUAAGGUGUACCAUGUGGUGGCCUCGACUGAGCAUUCGACUCGGGGGAAGGCGAAGGGGCGCGACUGGGAUGGAGGGGGAGACGAGGAGGAGAACGAGGAAGGGGGGGAAGAGGACGAUGGGGAGGACGCCGAGGUUGAAGACGAUGAGGAUGAUGUGGAGGAGGAGAAGGAGGAGGACGACGAUGGGGAGGACUACCGUGACGACUGCUACUACACAGAUGCGGACUCAAAUCCGGAUGAACAUGGCGAGGCUCCCCCAACGCGCGCAGAUGGAACGCUCCCCAAGAGAGGGGACAACUCGAGUAAAAGUCAGACGCACCGCUGGAGCGGGGCAGUCGGCGACAGGAAAAGGGCAAUACGGAGCUGCAUCAACUUCCUGCGCAACUCGCGCCAUUACGAGAGGGAAAUCCGCAGAGACCACACCAGGGUGCGGGCAUCACUAGACGUGGUUAACACCCUGGCCACCUUUUACAUAGACAAGAGCAUGCACCUGGACAGCAGGUACGCAUACGACCUUCGCGUCAACGUCAAGUGCCCCGUUUUGGUGAUGCCCGGCGGGUUCUACAAUAAUGAAGUGAAGCUGAUGGAGGCGCAAAUUGGCGAGUGUGUUUACGAUCAAGCGGCGGGGAGUGGUCUGCCAGGGGGGAGUGGUCUGCCAGGGGGGAGCGGUUUCCCUGGGGGGAGCCCCCCCCCCGGCGAGUACCUGCCCGUGAACCUGAAGCUCCAGUUCGACAACGAGGUGACCAUCGUGCCGACGAACCUGUCCACGGGGAACUACGACGCGAACGAGAGGGGACUCCUGCCCACCUACUACAGGUACUCACACAAGCUGGGGCUCGCCAAAGAGUACAACCGAAAGCGCUCCUAUCGAAACGAUUAUAAAAUUGAAGGGAAUCACCUCCUCUACAAACUGGACAGAAGCUUCACCGAGUUGAGUCAAAAGGAGUCCAUUGCUGUCAGCAAGUAUUUAAAAAUAAAGGAAAUAAAAACGGACACGAAUAAUAUUAACGAGUCGGUUGUGUAUGCCCGGAAUGACGUCGGGCUGGUCAUUUUCCAGGUGCAGUACGCUCCGGGGGAGGGGUUCCCUUGGGGUGGUGCGCAGGAGGGCCCACUCUAUGGGGGAGAAGAACUCGACGAGGGAGAAAAACUCGAUGAGGGCGAUUGGCACACCUCCCAUAUAUGGCAAAGGAACAGGUGCGCUGCGCGUGAGGAGGCGUUCCCCAUUUUGGACUACAAGAUAAAAGUGGCCAAGGACAUCCUCCUGUUUGACCGGCUGAUGCAAAUCUGCCCGAGCACGUGGUCCUACGGGAGGUGCACCCUGCUGGGGAAUUACAACAGUUUGUAUUCCUACGACUUAGAAACGAACCUACUAGAAAUCGUCGAGUUGAAGAAGAGAGGGGGGUACUUCAAAAAAUAUGAUACUGCUCUCUGCCUGUGCUACCUCCAAGAUGAUAACACUCUCCUGCUGGGAUGCCGCAGCUUAUAUGUGUAUGACAAAAGGGAGAAAUUCCUCACCCGGUUUAACACAAGCAGUAGUGGCGUCAAGAGAGUGUCCAAGAAGACCAUCGGGCAGAAGGCACGAGAUCAUUUCUUGGCUGGCAUUCCAUUAGAAAUGAAAACACAGCAAGAAAAUGCAUUGUAUGAAGAUAAAAAUAGAUCCCAUUUUAAUAGAGGCUACACAGCAGUUGCCAAGAACCCAGACUUCCCCUUUAUCGUUGCAUCUGUGAAUGCUUCCUUUAACGUUAUAGAAGUUUGGGAUCUAAGGAACCAAUUUGAACCCGUCUUUCUCUUCCCAUUAAACAUUUCUGAAUUCACAGAAUCUCAUUUUAGACACAUCGAGUGGAUCUCCAUCCCCCCAGGUGGACACAACGGCUAUGAGCAGAGGACGAGAUACAAUUUGCUUACCUUUUCUUACUAUGAGAGCUUGGUCUACGUACGGAGGAUUUCAAUUCGUGAUGACUUUACGGGCUACAAAGAUUUGGGGAUGCAGGCCUAUACAAAUGGGGCCCUCAGUUUUGCCUACAACUACACGUUUGGGGGGAAGGAAGCCCUGGGGGGGGCAGCCUUAGAGAGGACUUCCAACCUGGGGGGGGCACCCUUAGAGGGAACCUCCAACCGGGGGGGGGCAGCCUUAGAGAGGACUUCCAACCUGGGGCACCCCCCUCCUUCUACCCACGCAGAGGAGGUAAACAACGCAGUUGCUUCUUCCCUCGGUCAGGACAAACGGGAACACGAUUUCUCUCUGGAUAGAUUGUGCGCCCAAGGGGGGAGCGCCACUCUCAUGGGGGAUAAUGGCAAGCAACCCGCGGAGUGCCCUCUACAACGCUCGCAUAACGAUGGUGAUGAGGAAGCGGCCCCCCAGGUGGAGGUAGCUCCCCAAGUGGAACCCCUCCUCGCAAACCACAUGCACCUGCGGGAGGACAUCCCCUUCAACCACAUAUUCAGCUACAAAACGGUGAAGAUGCACGUGGAGGAGUCCCUCCUGGUGGACACGGCCAAGUUCACCCCCAUGCAGAAGAACAAAACGGAGUCGAUCAGACUCAUCUCCGACCACGCCAAAUACAGUUCCAUCAACAGCAACAUGUAUAAUUUAUUUUUCGGGGUCUAUGGGAUGAAAUUCGUGCAAUUGUGUGUGCCGGUUUUGUACUGCAGUGGAGAGGCUGAGGGGGGCGCUCUCAGGGGGGCACUUCCCAGAGGGGCACCUCCAAUAGGGGCACUUCCAAUAGGGGCACUCCCAAUAGGGGAACACCUCGAGGAACGCUUCUACUUCGACGGGAAGAGCACCCGGACGCGGAAAUAUUUUGUGAAGAAAAAAAACACAGAAGGGAGGGGACCCCCCGUGAAGAGGCAAGAAAUCGUGGGGAUCAAAUUUGACUACGUUCAGUUCAUUUUGCACACGAACUCUGGGGGGCAACUGUUCUGCACGCCCGUCAACUUGUGCGUGAGAAACCUUCCUCAGGAGCAGGCGAAGGGGUGGCUCCCCGUAAAUCGGCCCUACGCGGCGAGCACCUACCGCAAUGAGGGCCUCUCCGCGAUGCUCGGCGGGUUCGCCGACCUGUUGCAGAAUAGGCGGCGCGGUGGGGAGGAGCGGCGCGACGCGGACACGGAGCAACGCCCUGGAGAGGCGAAGCAAAACCCUGAAGAGACGAAGCAACACCCUGAAGAGACGAAGCAACGCCCUGGAGAAACCCCGCCGCAGUCUGCCGACUGGUCGCCAAACCCACACAUCUACGGCGAGCAGCAGCAAGACGAAUUCAACUUUCUCAAUGCAAACGAUUUAGAAGGGAUCAUGUCAAACGGGGUCGACCGCGUAGAAGGGGGUGUCCAUUCCCCCACGGUGGAGGAAAAAAAUAGCAAAAAAAAAAGCCAAAAAAAAAUAGAAAUGAUGGAUGCCGAGCAGCAGGGGAAGUUCACCCCCCAUGUUGACUUCCUGCAACUGAGCAAGGACAAUUACGAAAUGUUAAAGCACACAGAGUCUCCCUUCCACAACGUAACUUACGAGUGCCUAAACCACUUGUUCAAGCUAAUGUGUCGAGACAAAAUCCUAGUCGUGCAGAAUAAUAGAAACGCCAUAAAGAUUUAUAGCUUGAGGAAAGGGUUCCAAUUAAGCAAAACGCUUGUCUUCAAAAUUAGGGGGUGCCUUGAGAGGGAGCUCUCUUCGUCUAACUCGCCGUCCGCCACCCUGGUUGAGGAGUUGCCUGACCAUGUUCAUCAGAAAACGGGGGAAGUGAGGGGUUUACCGGUGGAUAGGCAGUCUUCCUGCUGUGACCCCGUCGGGGGGUCUCUCACAACGCCAGAUGCAAUUCCCCCGCAGGGUCGACACGGUAGUAGAUUCCCCGCUUUAGGCCCCUCCCCUGCUAACUGCAACGAGGAGGAGGCACCUAAUGAGGUGAACAGAUUGACCAACCAGGAUGCUUCUUCGGGGGAAGAAGAAAAGGAGGAGGGGGUACCUGAACGCGCAAGGGGAAAUCGGGAGAAAAGCCUCACGCAGGACGUCACGCAGGGCACCGCGCAGGGUAUAACGAAGAGUGUCACACGAAGGGACCCCCCCGGAGAAGGCAACAUCCGCAGCUGCGCCAGCGGAAAGCCCCCCAAGCGUGCGCCGAAACAGUCGGACUUGAUCAUCGAGCGGAUGCAGGAGUGGACCCGGGGCGGCAACCCCCAGAGGGGAAGAAACCCCACCAGUGGAAGCACCGCGGAGAGGGGACAACAAAACGGAAAAGGGAACAGAAAAAAGAGCAUAAAAAAGAGCAGAAAAAAGAACAAAAUAUACGAGAAGAACAAAAAAGUGACUCCCUCCCAGUGCCGCAACAGUGAGACCCUCUGCUCGAAGCACAGCCUUUACGAGCUCUUUGCAAAAUAUAAUGUAAGGGACGAGUUUAAGCACGACGUCAUUCAGACCAAUCUUGUUCCCAAUUGCAGUUACGUUAAUGUAAAUUACCUGAACAAGACAUUCUUUAGGGAAAGGAAAUAUGCCUUCUGCACUUUUCACCUGAACAAAUUUUUUUAUGUGCAAACGGUGGCCGACUUGACGCUGUCUGCCUAUGGGCUGACUGACCAGAUGAGGAGCCAGUUUGUGAGGGACAGCCGUCCGUACGUGACCUACUCGCCCAAUUUGCAGCCCAGUCGGAUUCUCAAGGGGGCGCCCGAGAGGGUGGGAAGCGGUGGAGGAGAUAGCAGCGGAGGCAACGGCGAUGGGCGCGAAUUCCCUAACCACAGUGAGACACUCUUUUACGAACAGAGCGCCUUUAACCUUCCGGCACUGCUGCUAAACCUGCUGGGCGAGAAGGAAAGCGUCACUCACAGCUUUGGGGAAGCGAAGGAAAAGCGUAACGGCCACAAACGUAGUAACAACGUAGAAGAGGAGGAAGCACCCCCCAUCGAAGUGGACCCAGAUUUCGACCAAUUCGGGCAGAUCACCAACUUUUUGUCCCCAAAUGAGGGCUACCCAUUUGACGCGCUGGGAGAAUUAAACGGACACGUAGAGGAAGGGAACGACUAUCAUCAACCGAGCGAGCAGCAAAGCAGUGGAAGCAAUGUGGACCCCUUUGGUAAUUUUGUGCAGAAUGAGGGGGCAGAAGAAAUUGGCGAUUUUAAGAAGUCCCCCCGGGGAGAUCUACCACAGGUGGGAGCAGCCACCAAACGGGGAGAAACCGCCAAGGGAAGAUACCCCCUGUCGGUCCUAACACACGCGCACAAGAUGAAGGAGCUGCUCUGCCUGUACAACCAGGGAGGAGUGCAGCACAUCCUGGAUACAAUGAAAAAAGCAAAGUUGGGAAAAAGAAAUAAAAAAAAAAAAAAAAAAAAAAACGAAAAGCGGGUGAGGAAACUCUGCGAGGAUGUCUCCAAAGAACUGAACAAAUGUGUGGCCGUAAAAAACUUCCUCUUUUACGACGCGCCCAUUUGUUUCUGCCUGUAUGGAAAUGACCCGAAUAAUAAAAGGCAAUACAACACCUACAUAAAUUCGUAUACGUUCCUUUUCAACGUGGUACGAUUCUUCGGCAACAACGCUGCGGUUGGGGAUGAAAUUGGGCGACUCUACCUACAUGGCUGUCUGUCGUCUGCUUGUGAAAAGGAAAGUGCUGAAAUGGCAGCCCAUUGCUUAAGUGAAGAGGGCCACCAGAAUGGGAAAACUUCACUCAAAGGGCAAUCUUCCCCUCAGGUGGAUGAAACAGCUGAGGGGGGGGACCCCUUCUGGGAGGAUGACCCCUUCGUGCGACUGAGACGUGCCAGUCGUAUUAACAGCUUGGACAGCAGGGAUGGACUCCCCAAUUACGACCACCUGCUUCACAAAUUCAAAAGGAGUGGCCUACUCUUCAUGAGCAAAGACAUCACGUACCAAACGUUCCAACACAUACUGCAGAAUGAGUACUACAUCCCUGUGCCGAAAUAUAUGAAAAACGACAUCAAAAUGAAUGAAAAGAAUUUCCAGUGCACUCCAGUCAGCUGCUUCAAAAAUCAUGUCAUUGGGUUUUACAACAAAAAAUUAUCGGACGUAUACAAUUCCAUCGAUUUUCGCGAUUUAAAAAAAUUUGACAUGCACCAGUAUGUAUACCACGAAUACUUUAACCUUUCGGGCAUUCAGACGGGCACCUCUGGAAGUGCCACUUUGGAUAAGUACAUAGACCAUGGAGAGGGGAAGUGUAGCAAUUCAGCUGCUUUAGGUGGUUUUAAAGGAGGUUACAAAAUGGACUGCGCUUUGCUGAACAAGCUGUAUAAGUUGUGGCCCAGUGAAUCCCACAGCUGCGAAUCCGGGGGGGAUUACUUGGAAAUGAUGAAGACGCUGGAAAAUAGGAAAAAGGCUAUCUUUCACAAGUAG